AUGCUGCGUAACACUGCAGGCGAUGAGGGCAGCGGCGAUGGGGAUAGAGGCGGCAGGGAACACAUACGUGCGCGCCCCCACCACCGCCGCGCCGCCGCCGCCGCCGCUGCUGCCGCGUACGGCACCGCGCUAGCGGCCGCUCCGCCAGGCACAGACGGCGUGUUGGCUUGGACGAGAGCGGACGUGGAAGAGCUGCGCUCCAAGCACCUGUUGACUUCCAACUCGUACUUCGCGGGAGCGUCGAGUAACAUGGCUAUCCCCUUCGUGCUGCCCUCCGACCAGGAGGCCGAGCAAGACUACAGGCUACUGAACCGACUACUUCUAGACCUUUACGAUGUAGUCCGGCAAAUUCUACUGCGCCAGCGGAUCCUCCGACAACCGGACGACAACGGGGACUCGGACAAUGCAAAUCCGGAAGAUGACGACGAGAGAGAAGACGGCGGAGGCGGGGGAGGAGACGGCGGAGGAGGCGGGCCUGAGGGCCGCGCUGGACUGCUGCCUGUCCAGGCUGAGUUAGUCGCAGCCAUCCCAGACCUGGUGGCCGGUCUGCCCGGCGACGACGACCUGAAGGCGCGCCAGGAGCGGCGUCGGGGCGGCCCGCGCCCGGCCGGCGGCCUCCCGUGGCUGCGCCUGCUGCCAAUGCUCGCGCUCCCGCCCGCGCUGCACGUGCGCCCGCUCUGGGCCGCCGUGCUGCUCCUGCUGGGACUCAAGCUUGCGCGCGCAGUGCUGCAGCGGUAGACGCCGCCCCGCCCUAACUCCUCGCGCAGCAGCUGCAGACGGUCGGUGCGUCUGCAGAUGACGCAUCUGCAGAUGAAAGAACAGAUGACUCAUCUGCAGAUGAAGGAGUCGAAGACGUCCCCUACAGAUGUGGUAGCUGAUGCAGCUGUUCGGAGAAGAAGAAGAAGAUAGAGAGAGAGGGCAGCUGCGACAGCUGAGGCAGCUGUGGGUGUCGCAGAGCAGACCCUUUCACGCAGCUGCGGUGUUCAACCUAGACACGUCGCAAUACUUCAGUUGUCUCAGCCAGGGGAUCAUCGUGACGUGCUUUGUUUAUUUCCAAAGAGAUUUCCAAAAUUUUCACUAUAUUUAAGAAAAAAGACAUUUCAAGAUUUUGUGUUUUCUCAUUUCAAUACUAUUUGUUUUUGGGCCACUUCGGCGCAUUGUAAGAAUGGACGCUUCUUUGUAUAUUACUUUUAGUGUUACUCAGGUUUUUUCUUGUAGAAUUUAGCAUUUAAGUUCAUUAAAUUCAUUUAUAUAAAGCCAUAUUUUCCGUUUUUGUUAAUUAUUAUUUUUUUUUUUUUUGUUUUGAUAUCGAGUUCGAUAUCUACCAUAUAGAUUUUCGUGUCUCACCCUCGGGUGGGGCACCAUCUAUUUUGCAAAGUUUUCAAAUGAUCUCUUAAAAGUAGAGUAGUUUACCCACGAGCUCGAAGGUUUGAAGGUCUCACCACAAUGUCCUUCUCUCCCGUAGAGUCGUGGUUUCUUUCUUGCUUGUACAUAGUCCUGUCCUUUUGUUCUUUCGCAGUGCCACGCAGUUGGCCUAGCCUAGUUGAUAUUGUGUUCAAGGCGGGUCAUAUUCCGCGCCCGGCCGCUCGAGGAAAGGGCCACGCCGCCAAAGAGUGGGCGUGCCUCAAGCGCCAUUUUUGGGCCAUUUUUUUCUGGAUGAAAGCUAGGACAUUAGUUGUGCUGGGAAAGAGAGGUCUAAAUUUUGUGAAAUUUAUUUUUCUGAGCUCAACUGUCAGCCGCCAAUCCUUGCAAAUGUCGAUGAUUUUACAACUAGGCAUUCAUAGUUCAUUAUAUAUGAAUGAACCACUUAAAAAUAUUGCAUGUAAUCUGAAACCGAUCGUUUUUCUACGUUUAGUUAAAAUAUUUUUGAAAAAACACAUUGAAAUAUAAAAAAAACGUUCUUUUGUUUUGCAUCCAAAACAUUUCUUAAACGAGAAUUUCAAAAUUCAUUGUUUAGUUUCCUUCACAUUAAAUAUUCCUAUCAAGUCGAGUGACUAGAUUUUAGUUGACGAUUGUGAACAAUUAAAUAGAAAACGAAUUUAAAUCGUCGUUAACGGAUUUUGCGUCACUGGCAUCGCCCCUCAGCGACACGAGUCGCCAAGAGGCUUGCUGGACGUGUUCCGGACAGUGCAUGCCUUCGCUUCCCCAGCAAGGGGGGUUGUGUGUGUUUGGGCCCAGUGCUCGACGUUCCUGUACAUUUUGGAGACAAUCAUAGGCGCGAUGAGAGGCCCGCGGCCAGGCGCGGAUGACUGAUGAGACCGCGCCUCUUAUAAUUUCUAUGAAGAGAGAAGUAUAAAUACAAUAUGUUUUGCAUGUAAAUAUUAGCUUUUUCUAAGUAUAUAUACAAACAUAUAUUACAUAUAUUAAAGUUUAUAUAAUAUUAUAUUUUACGAUUUUUUGAUGAGCAUUUCAAGUAAGCUGAUGUCUGUGAGGAAAUUGAAGAUUUCGGCGUCGGUUCGUCCCUUCUUAGGCGUCCCGGCCACUCGGAUCUUAGGCGGUCCGUCCAGGCCGCCGUUCUCAGUUCCAAAGUAGGCGCCGCGGGUGAAAGCAGAACCUUCCACCGGCUCUUUCUCGAACAUGCGUGGUGCCGUUUACCAUCAAGUUGGUUCCUAACAGUUCCGUUUAAGCAGAUCUUACUUUCAGAGGUUUCAAAAGGAAGUUACGUUGUGCGAGUGGCACCGGUGGUUGGUACUGCUUUUACUUUCGGUACAGUAGUUGUGAAGAGUGGCACGGGAGGUCGCGAGUGCACCUAAACCAUCUUGUAUAUAAUAUGUUCCCCUAAGGAGAGGGGGUGGCGUUAGGUGUGCCUUGUCAGAACGGACGCAGACGUCAGGAAUCUCCGCCCAUCAAAGCGUACUGUGAUUACAUAAAAUAUUUGUCUAAUUAUGGCAAUAUAUAGUAAGAAAUUAUAAUUUUUGUGUAUUUCUUUCCACUGAUCUCGUGAAAAUAAUUUAUAAUAAUAAUAAUAAUUACAGUUUUGUUUUGUUUUAAAUAUCUGAAUAAUUAUGUUUUGAUUUUCACUAGUCAGUGUAGACAUUUUUGUUAAUUUCGUGUGUUCUUUAGAUGUAGAAAAUUAGAACAUUUUUGUGUCCCCGACAUUUGUUUCUAAACCAGCUAUCAAUGGAAUAGUUUGACAAGCUACGUGCCAAACAUAGCAGUAGCUGGGAAAAUCCCACACCAACAAGCCCGCAAGUCGCAACGCCUGUCUGAGCUCUUUACGUUACUAAAUCCUCUUGUCUAUUCGCUGUCCGUAGAUCGCCUAGAUUAUAUUUCCGUACUUUAAAAAAAUGAGAAGCGUUCUAAAAAAAAAACCAAAGUAUACCAAAGGAAGACGACGUUUUAACGAGAGAUCCCUGCGUUGCCGGGGAGAAGCUUUCGAGUCAAAUACAGAACGCCGCAUGCGCGUUCAGACUUAUAGUCAACAAGAGAACUGAUCACGUGGAUAGACUAAAUUAACAUUCCCGAACCACGGGGAUUCCCCGGAGGUGUCGCUUGUUUCCGUCUGUCAUUUCGCGCUCAGGCUGGCGGAGUGAAACGCGGUUUGCGACGCGCGGGGUGGCACAUCUCGCCCUGCUGACUGCGACGUGCGGCGGCGUGGGUCGCUAGUGGACCAAUUACGUUCGGCCCAGGUUCUCCGACGAUUCGGGGCUGGCGCCGAUCAAUCCUUGUGUUUUUGAAAUGCUACGCGUCCAUUGUGGGCGUUCGUGUUUUGUUAGAGUUAUGCUCUUUGUUGUGUGCUGAGGCAGGCUGCCAGCUGGUGGGCCGCUCGUCUACCAAAUGUCUUUCAAUUUUGUACAGUUUUUCACUUUUAUAUAGUUAUUGAGUUUUUGGAAAUAAAUGUAAACUUGCU